AUGCUAAUUCACACAACAGCUUUCAUUACACUAUUGUCUUUUGUGCUCGGUGCUCCCAGCACUAGACGCUCGGACAGUCGUAUCCACCGCUGUGUGAUUCCAUCUUCCAAUAGCACAGCCGAUGAUUCUAAAUCCAUUGCCGAAGCCUUCGCACGAUGCUCCUCCGAUGCGGUUGUUAUUUUCCAGGAAGGCGUUGAUUACAAUGUCUUCCAGCCCAUCAGCGCAAAAAACCUGAGCAACGUUGAAAUUCAGAUGAAAGGAAACCUUCAUCUGCCUCAAAGCAUCGCAACAGUCCAGAAAAUUGUCAACGGCACUGGCGGGGCCCUAUACUCGAAUGGACAGUACUGGUUUACCCUCUCCGGCCCUGGCAUUGACUACAUUGGCUCAUCAGACGUCAACAAUGGCUGGAUCAACUCUUACGGACAGGCGUGGUGGGAUGCAAACCCAGUGAAUGGCACUGGAAUCGACGACCGACCCCAUCUGAUGAGCUUCGACACUACGCACGGAUCAUUGAAAUAUUUCAAAUCUCGGAAGCCCAUUGCAUGGAAUGUGCAACUGAAGGGAAAUGACAUUGAGGUCAGCCACGCGUUCAUCGAUGCCGAGUCAACAGGCUCUUUCCCGUUCAACACAGAUGGCUUCGAUGUGACUGGAACCAAUGUCCGAAUUACCGAUAGUAUGAUUUACAAUGGUGACGAUGCGAUUGCUGUGCAGUCAGGAUCACACAAUAUAGUCUUUAAGAGGAACACAAUCGGCUACCAAAGCCACGGCAUGAGUAUCGGCUCUCUUGGUGAAGACCAGUCGGAGUACGCCAAUGUCUCGAACAUUCACUUCGAAGAUGUCACAGUCAUUGACGCGGUCUAUGCCUCACGUUUCAAGUCGUGGAUGGGUGGCCAGGGUAUCGCCAAAAAUAUUACCUGGAAGAGCAUUCGUGUUUACAAUGUCACUUUCCCCAUCUUUGUCACUCAGAGCUAUUCCAAUCAGGGUUCCUCUCAAACUCAGCUUGGUAGCGGAGUAACCACUGGACGGACAAACAAUGCCUCUGUCGUGAUGGAGGACUUUGUCUGGUCUGACUUUACGGGCACUGUCAACACCUGGAGGCCUGGUGAUGGUUCGUGUGUCUCCGACCCAUGCUGGUACGAUGAUGGCUUGCCCAAUCUCAAACAUACGGAGGUCGUCAUCAUCGAAUGCAACACGGAGUCCUCUUGCAAGAACUUCCAACUGCGCAAUAUUGAGGUCAUUCCCCAGAACAUGCAAUCGCCCACCGUGAUUUGUAUGAACGCAACUGCCCAACUGAAUCCACAACUGGGUUUCGACUGUCGCAAUGGCACCUUCUCUCCGCUCUCUGAAUAG